UAACAAUUGAAAAAAAAUAAAAUUAACCGAGUCGACACAAUCCUCCGCUUUCCGACGGCCGUGUCGUCCGUCACUUGCACAGAUAUCGUCCUUGCUACUAGCUCUUACAGUACAAGGCUACAAAGCGUUGUGCGCCUAUAGGCAGGUUUACAGACACUCCUCACAGUCACAGGCACGCACCGGCGGCAGCAAUGGCAGAUGUUCUCGACGAUGCGAAGGACAUUGUGAAGCUUUAUGAGUGUGGAGAACGCCUCAACGAAGUCAAGGAUAAGUCUCAGCAUGCCCAGGACUACGAUAACAUUAUUAAGGCGGCAAAGAGCAGCAGUGUAAAAGCAAGGCAAUUAGCUGCGCAGCUAAUUCCUCGUUUUUUCAAGUACUUCCCUGCUCUGUCGGCUUGUGCAGUCGAUGCACAUCUCGAUUUGUGCGAAGCAGAAGAAUUAGGGUGCAAGCAAUACGUGGGCUGCCUCUGUUCUGUAAGGAUACACCAGAGCAUCUCUCUUAAAUUGUUGAUAUUCUUGCACAACUUCUCACUGCUGAAGAAUGUGGAGCGUGAUGCAGUAUGUAAAGCACUUUUGUCAUUGUUGAGGCAAGAUGCCCGAGCUUCUUUGACAGCCCUAUUUAAGCAUAUUGAGUGGGUUGAUGGGCAGAUAACAGAUGAGAAUCUACGUGAGAAAACCCUGCUUUUCAUUAGAGACAAGGUCUUUCCACUUAAAGCUGAGCUCUUAAAGCCGUCAGAGCAAAUGGAAAGACAUAAAACUGAAUUGAUAAAAAACAGCCUACAAGAUGUCACUGGAGCUGAAUUCAAGAUGUUUAUGGAUUUCUUAAACAGCUUGAGCAUGUUUGGUGAGAAAGCUCCUCCAGAGAGGCUGCAUGAAUUAAUUGAAAUCAUUGAAGGCCAAGCUGAUCUUGAUACCCAAUUUAAUGUUGCAGAUGUGGAUCAUAUAGAUCGACUAAUUUCAUGCCUGUUUAUGGCUCUUCCAUUUUUUGAGAGGGGUGCAUCUAAUAGCAAGUUUUUCAACUAUUUAAACAAGCACAUUAUUCCAGUUUUUGAUAAGGUAAGAGAGUUUACUGGAGGUUCCCGUGGGUCCACUAUGGACAUGAGUGACAUAUGUGUGCUUCCAGAGGAACGAAAAGUGGACCUGCUUAAAAACCUUGCUGAGAGUUCCCCUCACACUUCCUCACUGGACUCUAGACAAAUUCUUCCUGCUGUUACUACGCUCUUGAAGGCAAUGUUGUUUCAGAAGUUCAUGCCUCAAAGAAAAGCAGAAGAGAUGAAUUUUACUUAUGUGGAGUGCUUAUUAUAUGCAUUUCACCAUUUAGCUAACAAGGCACCAAAUGCAACUAAUUGCUUAUGCGACUACAAGAUUGUGACUGGACAGCCAUCGGAUAGGCUCGGUGAGGACUUCUCACAUCAAUACAAAGAUUUCUCUGAGCGAACACAAAAGCUGAAUGCUGCAACUGGGCUGCGAACGUGCAAUAACAUCUUGGCUAUGACUAAGCCUCUGCACUCCAAAACUCCUUCAUUUGUUGGAGACAAGAAAACAAUCAACUUAUCUUGGAAAGAUGCAGUAGUGAAGCCUACCGCAACAUCAUCUACUUCUGCCACAGGCCAUUCCCUAACUAAAAAUAUAAUGAAAUUUGAUAAUUCCCCCUCCAAAGAAAACAUCCUUCAGUUUAUGGGGAUCCGUGGAGCGAUUAUUGUAGAGUUGUCUCGUUUAAUUACUUCAACGUCAUCUUCG